AUGUACGGACCGAGGAGCUUUCUUUUCGGCAAUGCUGCUGUUGCGUCUCUACCGAUUAAGGACACUGUCAUCGGUCUGUUCUUCUGUCACGGGAUGGAACUUAUUGAACGCUGCAAAGUGCGUGUACCGAACUACGUGGCGUGCCCGCCGGUGUUGGCUGCAUCCCAGGGAGCGCGAGCGCUUGGCUGCCGCCACAAGAACAAAACCUCCCUAGCGGACGAUUUCCCCGCACUCUGGCCCUUAGUCGGCGACCGUGAUCCCGAUUUAUGGCAAACGCCCGUAAAACAGAACAAAGGUGCGGACUCCGAGUCGCGAGGGCCGAAACUUUGCGGAGGAUUUUUGCUCGGAUAUACGUUCGCCGGAACGGUGGGAGCGCGCCAUCAAGUGUGGGUGUUGUCUCAUUUGUCCUCGCUG